AUGUCUCCCCAAGACACGCCCGGUCGCCCAGGCGAAGACAGGCCCGAAGGGAUUUUCAAGUACUUCAGGCGCAUGAAGAGCGUCUUGCGCCCUCGAUCAGCUUCAAAGCAUCAAUCUCUAAGCAUACCUGAUGUGGCGGUCCCAACCCAAAUAGCCGCACCAGCACCAGCACCAAAGCUAUUGCAACAACCCAGUAUACCAGAGCAACCCAUUGUGCCCGACUACAACGCCAUGCAACGCCAAAAGGCGCACGCCAUCUUCGCCAAAUAUAAUCUAAGCUUCGAACCCACUGGAGAGAAAUCAUCCACGGAUCACCAAUUUGCCCGAGUAGCCAAGCCAAUUCGCAUGCGGGUGCGCCGCGCCUGUCACCGCUGCGAAACAACCUUCGGUCCCGAGAGAGUCUGCGUCAAUUGCCAGCACCUCCGAUGCAAGAAAUGUCCCCGUCUUUCACCAGCCCAUGCCCAAGACGAAGAGCCAUCAUUUUCCAAAAUGAGACUCCAUGAGCUUCGCGCAAAACAGCGUGGCAUGCUUCAUGUCACGCCCCAUCUCAAGUUGAGCGGUAACCCAGCCUGUCCGUUAUCAAUGACUUCCAGUAUGGGAGGACCGGACUUUACGCGCAAAGCAGUACGCCAGCGAGUUCGACGAGACUGCCAUCUAUGUGGGACUAUGUUUGCCAGGGGCACGAAACAAUGUGCCAGUUGUCACCAUCUUCGCUGCAAGAGCUGUCCCCGACAGCCCGCCAAACUUGAUAAAUACCCAGAUGGGUAUCCUGGUGAUGUUGAACCACCAAAAGCUGUGCCAGAUCGCACAUUUAAGAAGCCCCGUCGACGGGUUCAUUAUAUCUGUCAUGUCUGUACCACGUCUUACAAUGAAGAUGCGCGUGUUUGCGUAAAGUGUGGUCAGACAAAAUGUGAUGAGACUAUUCGAAUUCCACCUAAAAAGAUCAAACCAGAACCAGAUCCUGCAGUUAUUCGGAGCCUGGAAGAGAAGUUGGCUACUAUGGUAAUAUCGGCAAACCCAAUUACAUGA